AGGUACCACACACUAUAUUGAAAAUAAUGACAUACUAAGUCCACGUGUAUUUAAUAAUUAUAAGCCACAACACCUUAUUACUUGUGUACCUAACAAUGACACUGCUCGCGUUACAUAACAGAUUUGGGAACACACAAUCAGCGAAAAGCUUUGUAUCGUUAAUAGACAUUUAAUACUAUGUUGUGCAUUCAUACAUGAACUUCUCUGAAUAAAUAAUGUGCAAUGAUACUAUCGCCUCACUUCGUUCUAAUUGUGUUUUACAGUAACUCGUUGGCAAUGUGCUGAUUCAUUCGUACACGGGGCAGUUUAAAGCGCAACCUGGUUUUAGAUACCAUUUUUAGCAAUGUUUUCUAAAGUAAAGAAAUAUUUUUAUAAAAAACCGACUGAGAUACCGAAUAUUGACCAAAUAUUUAAACCCCUCUACAUCGUGCUAUCAUUAUUCGGCCUAUUUCCAUACAGUAUUAGAUUUAAUAACAAACGAGGUGUAACAAUCAUCAAGAAUUCGAUUUACAUAAAUUCCCUGUGUGCUGUAUCCCACAUAUUGCUUCUGCUGUCGUUCUUAGUGCUGCACGUGCAAUAUGUGUACGACUGCAUCGGCGAUACAGUCAUGACCAGAGAACUGCUAACACAAAUGAACUAUAUUGUAGAACUUGUUAUUUUUAUUAUCUUUUGUCUAUCUGCUUACAUCUGUGCAUUCAAGAACCGCCUUAUGUUCGUGAAAAUAAUUAACAAAAUAGCAAAUAACACAGAUCCAACAAAUGUGGAGAAAGCACUGAAGCAGUUUCGUAAUCAAAUGAAUUUUACAAUAUCUUUUCUUAUUGCAGUAUUUUUACUACAGAUACUUGUGAACUUUACCCGAGACGACUCAUUCUGGAAGAUGAUUUUGGUAUUCAUCACAUUCACAUUGCCGCAAAUGAUACAAUUUACCAUUCUGGCAUUUUAUCAUAUGCUCAUAUUGAUGCUACUGGUGCUACUAAAGAACAUACGUGUACACAUUACCAACUUAGCAAAAGAUAAAAUAAUUAUAAUGGAUUAUUUUUUAAAGACGGAAUCUAAAGUGAUUACAUUGCAAAACUUGGAAUCUUUGUACCAAAAAGCUUUCGAAAUAAAAAAGGAUAUAAACGUGGCGUUUCAGGCGCCUUUGUUGAUCACAACAUUACAAUGUUUCCACACUAUAGUGAGUGAGUCUCAUAUAAUUUACCAUGGUGUCGUCGUCGAGCGAGACUUCACUUUACACCCUAUUAUAAACUGCUCCAUUUGGAUAAUUUAUCAGAUACUUAAAGUUCAGGUUAUGGGAAGAACUGGGAGUUUAUUAAAGCAAGAGGUGCUGAAAAUAGGACAAGCAUUGCAUAAUAUUCCUACGGAAAAACACGACAUACGUUUGCUGUUAGAGGUACAACACUUUUCAUCGCUAAUUUUGCAUCAAAAUGACGAAAUCACAGCAUUUGGAUUAGUAACACUGGAUGCGGCUUUAUUAUCUAAGAUAAUUGCGUCGUCAGCUAUGUAUUUGACUAUAUUGGUGCAGUUUGAUAGAAAGUGACCAAUUUAUCAAGAAACCGAUUUUUUUUAAACCUACCUACAGUUCCUCGGAAAAGCGCAAAGACUUUGAAGUUGAUUGUUUUUUAACCUCGAGACUACUGUUUUACUGUAAAUAAGAUGACUAUGAUUACUGUAAUUUUGAAUUGUAUUUCCACAAAAAGUUAUAUAAAAU